AUGUCUUCAACCGCCCAAGAAGGCCCUGCACCAGCUGCAGCCGCUGUCCCACUGCAGGGGCAAACCAUCGAGGCCCAGCCCAAUGAUGAGGCCGAGCAAGAUCGCCUGGAUAUGUUGCACCACAUCUAUCGUCUGAUGCUGGGCGGCGGCCUUUACAAGGCACCGCUCCCUCGCUCUCCACAGCGCAUUCUCGAUUAUGGAACAGGAACAGGCAUCUAUGCCCUUGAUAUCGCCAAGUCAGUGAUCUACACCUCUAACAAGACCAAUAUUGACCGAAGCUUGCAGCGAGUUCCCAAGUGCAGAAGUCAUUGGGUUACACCGAACUGCCAGUUCAUCGUUGACGAUGUUGAAGCUGAGUGGCCGUAUGGGGAAGGUCAAGGAUUUGUCUACAUCCACCAACGCAAUAUGGUGGGAAGUAUUUCGGACUGGGACAGGUUGUUUAGCCAAGCCUUCAAGCACACAAAGCCAGGUUGCUAUAUCGAGCUGCAGGAAUUCAAGGUCUGGUUCCAUUCUCAGCACGGCGAACUGCCGGAAGACUCGCAGAUCCAGCGUUGGCAGCGUAUCCUGGUUGAUGGGGCAGCAUCGUUUGGAAAACCUCUCAACGUCGCUGGACAAUUGUCGGAUAAAUUAAAAGCAGCAGGCUAUGUGGAUGUGCAGGAUGACGUGUUGAAGACGCAAAACUGCGACAAAUUGGCCGGUAUAUGCAGGUUCACGCCAUUGACUCCGUCGAAUUUUACUCGCGUCUUGGGCUGGACGGAACUUGAAUGCCGCGUCCUAAUUGCCAAGGUGAAGGAGGAAUUCAAGGACUCCGACAAGCAGCUCUUUAGUAUUUCAAUGGCUACGCAACUGUCUGGUAUGUUAGCAGAUUCGAUAUGUCGCAGAAGUUUGUCUAUUGAUUUGACGCACUGGAUUACACCCUUGCUCCUUCUCCUAAGCGUACUGGACGACUGGGGCCAGAGGUCCCCAACAUACAGCAUGAUCUUUGGCCUGAAAAAUAGUCUCUUCAGGCCUAAUUGGGGGCUGGGAAAGAAAGAGAGAUACUUGGGAGUUGGAAGCUACGCUGACGCGGGCAUGGCCCUUCCUCAUGUUGCUGCCUCCAUAAAACAGUGCCUUCCUUCCGUAAAUAAUCAUGACCAAAACAGCAGUCUUAAUUCGAAGAACAAGAUUCCUUUCGUUUUGCAGUACUAUCAUAUUGGUGCAUUUCAUUGUCUGACCGCGGGGAUGAAUAACUUCAUGGCGGCAGACUCGGGCUCUGAAGGAUCCGGGACAAGCAAUUCGAGAAGCCUGACGGAAAUGGAAGACCAGCAGCUCGGUCAGAAAGACGCUGUUUUGAAAACACCCGAACGAUCAGCCCCCAACAUUCGGCGAAAAAGGAUACAGGCAUCUUCAUUGGCGCGCAAAGAUGGCUCUCCGGGCCAUUCUGUGCAAAUGAAACGGAUCUUCGAAGAGUCGCACGAGAAGUUGCAGGCGCAGCAUUGCAUUGCAUUCUCCUCCUGUUCGGCUCAGCCUACGAAAAGCCAUGUGCGACCCUGGAACCCGAUCAGGACCAAUCCGCCCUCUGAAGAUGUUGGAAUCACCACGUGUGAUCUUGUUGACACAAAUAGUAUCCUGGCUCAGGCCUGCUCCUUGUCGCCGGCACUGAGAUCAUCACCAGCGCUACGAACAAGUUCAGUGGACGUUGGUGUCUCGUCGGCAGCAUCGGUUACUAUGAAAACCGAUCGUUCCCAUGCGAAAGAGGCCUCCUGCGGGACGGAAGACUUUCCAGUUGAUAAACGCAAUUUACGCGGCCAACUUAAAUCCCAUGGCAGUUCGGGCAGCCAAGCCCAAGACAGCUCACUACAAGCAGAUACUGCAACUUUGGGAAACCCCUGGCUGCUGAACAUUGACACGUGGCUAGAUACAGUCGCAAAGGAAGCUAUCCAAGGAGAGUGCAGGAAUACCGCAACAAUAGGAUCUGACCAAACGCUAGCAUUGUCGGACCUGGACAUCUGCCUCAGCCGUUUUCAAGGCCAUUCGCCGAACGGCUCCCGUUCUGCGUCCUCAGACAGCAGCAACAAGGAGAACCAUUCACCAGAAGUCGGCUCGUUGAAGAAGGUUCUACUGUGGAAUCCUCGAGAGUCCAUCUCAUUUUCUCGAAGUGACUCGUUGGCAUCCAACGCUUCUGAGCCAUCCGACACGUUCUAUAAUGCCUACCCUCGGGUACCUCAACCGUCUCCGACUACCCCUGUUCUUGCUUGUGAGAAAAGACCUUGGCAUUCGGUAGUUGCUGGCUCAGCGAGUCAAAGUAUUCCUUCACUCAGACAAUCUCAACUUCGAUCUUCACUUGGUCGGGCUGAAGUGGAGUCACUCAGUUAUGCUAGCUCCACCUCUUACCGCGAUAUCCUCUCAGCGCAGCAGGUCGAUAUUGGUGAUGAUGGCAAGGACAAUCCACAAAGUUCUGCAGAAGACUGCCCGGAUAGUGUGGAAAACGAAGUUGCAGCCCUGAGCCCUCACGUUACGCCGUAUCGCAAAGGAAAGGCGCCGAAGAGGCCGCGCCGUCCGAGCUAUUAUGACUCUGAUAUACUGUUCAAAAAAGGCUCUCAGGAGGAAGACGUAUCUGCGUGA